CUCCUUGGUUGCCUCCUUGUGAAAAAUGGUGGCGUCCUCCUUCCGUUACGGAGUGACCAUCACCGGGGCCGUGCUGCUGGUGACGGGGACGCUGUGCUUCGCCUGGUGGAGCGACGGGGAGAUGGGCGCCGUGACCGGCGGCGGGGCUCAGCUCGCAGCUCCCCGGGAAGCCAAGGAGGUCCCCAGCUCCUCCUCCAACGCGCUGCUCCGCUCUGCGAGCUUCUUCUGCUGCGGCAUCGGCGGCAUCCUCCUCCUCUUCGGGCUGCUGUGGUCCGUGAAAGCCAACGCCAGGGUGGUGUCCCGACGCUACCAGUAUCACUUCCCCAGGGACCUCCAGUACUUCACCGCGGAGCCCCCUGAGAAAUGGGGCUGCAGCGGCUGGGACGCCAGCGCCAUCCCCACCUACGAGGAGGCCCUGAGCUGCCGGCCGGCCCACGGCGCCCUGGCCUGCGCGCCGCCACCGCCGCCGCCGGCGAGGAAGGAGGAGGCUACGCCGCCCCCCUACCGCGACCUGGAGCGGCGGCGGCAGGACCGUGACGAGGACGAGGAUGAGGAGGAGGAGGAGGAGCGCUGGCAGGGCGGGCGCCGGCGCAGCUGCUCGGACGGCGCCCUGCGCCGCGCCAGCCCGCCGUGGCCGGGCAGCAAGCGCCCCACGCCGCCCCCCAGCUACGAGCACAUCGGCGCCCGCGUCUGA